AAUUUAUCCCACCUUCCAUCAUGCUGCCACCAAGACGUCUAUUUACUUUGCUGAAUCAAGCUGUUGAGCAACAAAAAGACAAAUGUCCAUACCACAACACACAGCUGGACUCUGAUUUGUCCAGUGUGUCCCUGCUCACUGACCAUAUAUGUUCUAAAGAGCAGUUCCCAAAUGUGACAGUCCAAACACUGUGGGACCACCAGGAUGAGGUCUGGCACUGUCAGUUCUCACCAGAUGGAACUCGACUUGCCACAGGCUCCAAAGACAACAAGCUGAUUAUAUGGAAUGUUGACACAGAGAAUUACGAAUGUCAACACUAUAAAACUCUAGAAGAGCACAAGUUCUCUGUAGGUUUCAUCACCUGGUGUCCAGACAACACACAUAUUUUAAUAUGUGGCCCUGACGACACCAACGAAGUUUAUAUUUAUAAUGUACUGACGGGAGAAGUCAGACAGAAAUUUCAUCAAAAUGCAGAUCACAGUUUAACAUAUGCAGCAUGGAUGCCUGACGGACGCAAAUUUGUUGUUGGGGGCAUCAAAGGACAGUUCCUUUAUUGUGACAUUGAUGGACAUGUCAUUGACACAUGGGAAGGUGUAAGAAUACAAGGUUUGGCAGCUUUGGAUGACAAACAGGUUCUGGCAGCAGAUACACACAAUCGUAUCAGGGGCUAUAACUUUGAUACACUGCAGGAAUUACCUCUAAUUCAAGAAGACCACCCAAUAAUGACAUUUGUAUUAGACAGCAGAAAAGAAUUCAUACUUGUAAAUGUUGCUUCUCAGGGAUGCCAUUUGUGGAGUUUGAAAGAUAAAGUCCUUCUUCGCAAGUUCCAUGGACAGUCACAGGCCUUCUUCACAAUCUACUCAUGUUUUGGUGGCCUCAACCAAGAUUAUGUCGCCAGUGGAAGUGAAGAUCACAAAGUGUUUAUUUGGCACACCAAGCGUGAGACCCCAGUAGCCGUGUUAGAGGGUCAUCGGCAGACUGUCAACUGUGUACACUGGAAUCCAACACAACCAGGCAUGCUGGCUAGUGCCUCAGAUGAUGGUACAGUUCGAAUCUGGGGGCCCAGGGAGAAACGGAGAAGGAGAAGCAGCAGUAGCAGUGACAGUUCUGGCCGCACUUCUCCAGUAUGA